AUGUACGACCAGGACAAUCAAGCACUUGCACACGUUGUCGCUCAAACAAAGGGCAACAUCGCUCUCCUUGUGUCCCUUCAAAAGCUAUCUCAGUACGACGCCGACGUGUUUCUUGCCAAAUUACCACCUGCUGCGGAUCAGAAUGCGAGCCUCCAGUCAGCUUUAACAAGGCCUGUGCCACCCCCACCACUGCCUCCUCAUCCUCGAGGAUCGACACCACCUAUUAAAUUCAAGGCGAAGGCGUUAUGGAGCUGGAACGAGAGCGGCAAGGAACCCAACGAUCUCACCUUUACCUCGGGAAGCGUCAUAGAGGUUAUCGAGGACACAAACAACGAUUGGUGGAAAGGCCGAUACAACGGGAGAGAAGGCCUCUUCCCUUCGAGCUACGUUGAGAAGUUGCCCCCAGAUGGUCCUGCUUUUCGAGACAACGGAUUCAAACAAGGCCCACCCCCUAUGCACUUUCCGAAUGCACCUCCAUACGGUGCCCCGCCUCCACAACGGUAUCCGCCACCUCAACAAAACUACUACGGCCCUCCACCUCCUCAAGGCCCGCCUCCCGGUGCACAGUACCCGCCGUACUCUGGCCCGCCCCCGCCAGCACCUGCCCAGCCUGCCGUUGCUAAUGCGGAGCCGCCUAAGAAAGAGGGUUUCCUUAGCGGUGGCUUAGGAAACACUCUUGCGCACUCCGCUGUGGGCGGUGCUGGAUUCGGAGCCGGUUCCGCGCUCGCUGGAGGGCUUGUCAAUUCCAUUUUCUAA